AUGAAUUUUGUAGCAGCAACAGACAAGACGUUUGACCACCCCACGCACGGGUCUCUGCGUACAGGUUUAGGUUUAGAGGAUACAGCAGCAGCAGCAGCAGCAGCAGCAGCAGCAUCAAGAUCUCUGCUGCAGCAGGCUGAUCCUCUUACUGCAGCAGCAGCAGCAGCAGCAGCAGCAGCAGCAGCAGCAGUAAUUUUGAUAGAGAUAGAGAUAGAGAUAGACACAGGAGAAGCAGAAGCAGAAGCAGAAGCAGAAGCGGAGAAAGAAGAAGACACAAAAGCAGCCAUAGAAAAUAAAAACAGCAGCAAAUUGUUUUCUCUUGCUGCAGCAGCAGCAGCAGCAGCAGCAGCAGCAGCAGCUGCUGCUGCUGCUGCUGCUGCUGGUUGCUGCUGCUGCAUGCGGCUGCUUGCUGCUGCUUGA